AUGUGUGAUGUACAUGAUAUAGCUUUGGGACAUAAUACAACUGAAAUCAGGAUUAGGAAUGAAAUUCCCUAAGAAUUUGAUAUGUUUUGCUUUUCUAUAAUCACAACGCGUAGAUUAGUGGAUAUAAAAGUGACUGAUUUGAAAAUUAAAUCAAAAUGGAUUAAUUACUUAAGAGCAAUCAUUAUCAAUCGUAGAGAGUUGGAAGCUUAGAGAGCAGAAGAGAAAAAAAGAACGUAAAGGAGAAUGAGGAAAAGAGAUCAGAAAUAUGUAGAAAUGACAUAUUGCCUAUCUGGCAUUCAACUUGGGAUUAUGAACCCAAUAAACCUGUGAAUUAUAAGAAGUAAAUUAGUGUCAAAAAGGAAGAAGCUUUUUAAAAAGCCCAAAAUCAAGUCAAUCCAGCCAGUGUAUUAAAAAGUUUAUAUCGUUGUCUUAAGAAGACUAUCUCAUUAAAUCCUAUAUAAGAUAGAAAAUAAAUACAAAAUUAUUUUACAGUAAUCAAUCUGAAGUCAAUAAUGAAAGUAACAUCUAAUAGGAAAUGAUUGUGCAUGGAAAGAAAAAUAAGUCAAAGUUACUCAUGAUCUUAUGGAAAUUUGGAUUACCUGAUUUUGCAAGGAGAACUCUUUGGCCUAUCAUUAUUGGUAAUAACUUAAAAUCAGAGAAGAACUCUAUGCAUACUAUGUUAAUGAGUCUAAAUUUAUUUAAGAAAGAUGAACUAUAAUCAAUAUAUAGCCAUUAGCGAGAAUAUCAAAAGGGCAAAACAACAAUAUCCUUUCAUUACUGAU